CCUCUUGGCAGUCGCCUCCCUACUCCCCGACAGGCCCCUCAUGUUUCCAUCAACUGGCAGAAACUAGAGAGUGGCCCUACUGCUUCACACUGGGAGCACAGACAGCUGGGUGAGAAAGAGCACGGCUCCUGCAGUGGGCAUUGUGGCCACCUCCAGUAGAGCAACUCUGAUGAACCUUCUACCAGCUCAGCCUGGAAUUUCAAGUGAAGGUGAUUAUAUGCAAAUGCAUACCAGUUUGCCCUUUUUCCCCUCUGUGAAUCAGCAACUUAAAAAGAGCUAAGAAAAGUGGAAGCCAUACUGGCUAGUCAGUCACGACACUGAGAAGGCUUAGAAGCUGCAAAGCCCCUCAGAGGUCCAGUGAUGUACAGCACCCCGGCCCCUCCAGAGGUCACAAGAAGGAACUCAGAGCCCAGCACUCGGCAGGGGACUCUUGGCAGCCUGCAGGGAGAGAAAGGCCAGAUCAUCUUCCCUGGCUUUGUCGUGCUCCUGACCAUCAUCCUGGUCAUCAUAGCUGCCUGUAUCCUGUGGAGCUGGAAGAAACAGAAGAAGCGACCUGUUCCUUACUUCCAAGUAGCUCCAUCGCUGACUCUGCCUCCACCCAGACAGCGAGCCAAAAAUAUUUAUGACUUCUUGCCCCGGCAGCAGACAGAGUUAGGGAGACAUCAGCUGAGUGGUUUCAGUACCGAGAGCCUCCUCUCCAGAGCAUCUGACAGCCCUGAGCCUGAGGCCCCCCAAGCCAAUGGUUCCCUUCAGAUGCAUAGAGUGUCCGUUCAUGCUGUGGAGUAUACAGUAGACAUCUAUGACAAUGGCACAGUGCCCCAGAUGUGCAGGCACCUGGCCUCCUCAGCACAUCAUGCCUGUGUCAAAACUUCCAGAAGUAACCCCAGCAUUUCUUCCAAGGAGUCAAAUGAUUAUGUCAAUAUCCCCACAGCAGAGGACACUGGUGAGACUCUAAAUCGCAUAGAAAGCACUCCUGAAAAUCACCUUGGUCUUCCAAGUGCCCUGCCGCUGGAGUUUGCUGAAGGAGGGCAUGCAGGCUGUGGAAAUGCCACUGACCACAAUGGUUUUGGGGCUCCAGGACCCAAGUGCAGUGAUUCACUCAGCGACAGAGACGAUUCAUCUCAGACUUCAAACGACUACGUCAAUAUGACAGGGUUGGCUCUUGAGAACAUCCAAGAGAAUCGACCCAGGGGAGCUUUUCAGUGCUGCAGAGAUUAUGAAAAUGUCCCAUGGGUAGAUACCAAUGAGAGCCAGCUGCCGACUCUGGAAGAAGUGGCAUCGUCAACUGUAGACCACAGGGAACCUGUCCGGAGGACCCUCUCUUCAGUGUAUCAUAUGGCAUUUCAGCCGUCGGCACAGGGUGAGGACAGUGCCGUGGUCCAUGGAGAAGAGCAGUCAAGUGAAGACUCCAGUGACUAUGAGACUGUGCUGGUUGCUGAGUUAGAAGGCAGGGACUGGAAGCAGGGACCUGGUACUCAGCAUCCUUCUGAUGAAGGAACACCAGGCGACCUAGCUGGAAAGCUCUGUGAGGUGGUCUACCCUGCUGGGUCUUUAGCCACUGAAACAUCUGACGAAGAUGCCUGAAUGCCCUCAGGACUCACUUGGUGAGGGGAAGGAGGCCAAGAAGAACUGGGCACUAGCAGGCUUCCCCAAAGCAAAAGUUUAGGAAGUCCAGAAAAUCCUUCCUGAGCAAGAUUGCUGUUAGCUCUCAGGACAACUGAAGAAAGUUAGUGACACUAUGUUAUGGGGAUGUUGGGGAUAAAAAGGCACAUAGCACUUAGAGUGGAAGCAUGAUGUGAUAGAAAGUAAUCAGGGUCACAAACUCCAGCUGGCUACUAAGCAGCUGUGGUCCAGGCAAGCCAAAAGGAGGAUCAGGCUGGGGUAGUGGGAGAUUUCCAGCUUGAGAAGAGCUGGUGAGGGUGUAGAACGACAGGAGCCCUGUUGAUUUGGAGCUGUCCAUCUCACCCUUAGGAUCUGAAACUACU